UUCUGGCAUUGUUCAGAACUGCAGACGCCCAAGGAAUCGGGACAUGCAAUCUGUUCAGAGAGCGGUGAUACACUCUCCUUCCUGAAGGCAGGCUGCAGUUAAACAGAGCUCAUCCACCAGCCCCAUCACCUUCCAGCAUCAGAGCAUCACCGGGAAGCAUGAACACCAGCACACGGGGUAACAGUUUCAGCCUUACGUAAAGGACCAACACUGUGUUAAUCAGCGGACAGAGGAGACGACGAGUGCCCAGGAUCUCCUGCACUGCAAUUGGGUCAGGGCACUUACUCUGAGCGAAAAGAUCUUGAGAGGGCACAGGCUGCCUCGCUUAGAGCUGUCAGAGAUACAUUUGCAAAGAAUGUUAGCCACUGUCUGAGGGCACACCACAGGACAAGUUCGCAAUUAGACCACCCAUCCAGUAUGUCCUGCACAGUAGAGUCCACCCAUGGAUUAGGAGACUUAGUGUGACCGGGGAAUAAACUUCUAAUGCUGUCUGCUGGGCUUCAAGGGUGCUGAUUGGAGUCUCCUGUCUUGCACCUCUCCAGCAGCUACACAACAGUUCCCACCAUCUUUGACCCCUCUGGCCUUUGGAGAAUGGUAUCCCGCCAGGCAGGCAGCAGAGGGGGACUCACCGUGUCCAGCUAAUGUCUCACCUCCUAUGGUGACAGCAGCAAUGCUCAAUGUCUCUCUGCACUCACCCUUGGCUGCCGUGUCGCAAUUGAAGAAGUAAUCAGGCCUUGAAUUCCUUCUCCCCACUGGGUCGUAACCUCCUCGCGCACGGACUGAGAGGGUGGGGAAAUGGUUCCGUAUCCAAUCAGGGCUUGAAAGGUGGCGAUCCCUGGGAUAUGUGACGACAGCAAGCGUCCGUCCUGCAGGAUCUACCCUGGUGAGAGGAGCCUGUUUCUUGCCUCAGAGGUAUACUCCAUAUCACUGGGUAGGGGAGUGAGAGGUGUCCAGCCAUGGCAGAGCACAGCGAGCUGCUGGCAGAGCUGCCACUGGUGGCUCAGAUGACCACACAAGAGCGUCUCAAGCAUGCCCACAAGAGGCGGGCGCAGCAGCUGAAGAAGUGGGCACAGUUCGAGAAGGAAGCCCGAUCGGAGAAGAGGAGCAGCAAGAGGGCUCCACGCAGCGUCCGUUUCCCUGACAACAUCAGGUUGCUGGAGGCCGCUUCUCGCAACGACAUCCUGGAAGUUCAGAAGUUAUUGCGGGAUGGAAUAUGCCCAGACCUAUACAAUGAAGAUGGGUUGACUGCACUGCAUCAGUGCUGCAUCGAUGACUAUGGAGAGAUCGUGAAGCUUUUGCUGGAAGCUGGAGCCAGCGUCAAUGCGUGUGACAGUGAAGUGUGGACUCCGCUGCACGCAGCCGCCACCUGCGGACACCUACACCUGGUGCAGCAACUGAUUCAACAUGGCGCUGACCUCCUGGCUGUAAAUGCUGAUGGCAAUAUGCCCUAUGACUUGUGUGAGGACGAGGUAACUUUGGACUGCAUCGAAAAUGCAAUGGCUCAACAAGGUGUCACUCAAGAGAAAAUCGACGAGAGCCGCAUGGCCACCGAAAGAUGGAUGAUCAACGAUAUCAGGACGCUGGUGGAGUCCCAGGCAGACCUGAAUCAUCAGAAUGAACUUGGUGCUUGUCUGCUCCAUGUGGCGGCAGCCAAUGGCUACACGGAGGCGGCAGAGUUACUGCUGAGCAACGGGGCGCGGAUGGACGUCAGGGACCCCGAUGGAUGGGAACCGCUGCACGCCGCUGCCUGCUGGGGACAGGUUCACAUGGUGGAACUCUUGGUGGGUCACGGAGCCAGUCUCAACGCCAGGUCCAUCUUGGACGAGUCUCCAAUCGACGUGUGUGGGGAUGAUGAGGUACGGGCCAAACUACUGGAGCUGAAACACAAACGAGACGCUGUCCUCCGCACUCACGACAAGCACAGGAGCGCCCUGCAGAGGCGGACGUCCAGCACUGGCAGCAGGGGGAAGGUGGUGCGUAAGGUGAGCGUGACAGAGAGGACCAACAUGUACCGGCAGGAACACAGGGAUGAGGCCAUGGCCUGGCAGCAGGUCGGCAGCAAGGACACCGAGCCUGAGCCAGAGGACGAGGACGCACAGACCAACUCCGAGCUGAGGCUGUACUGCUCGGACUUGGUGCGACAGCCAGAGUGGGGUGAGGCUGCCGGGGUCCCGCCCCUGGUGAAUGGUGCAGUGUUGCCAGAAGCUGCCGGAUUGGAAACGGAACAGGGAGCGGAACCAGGGCCCAAGACUGGGCCAGCUCCGGGGGAGAUGAGCAGGGACAUUUCCCACCAAACCCUGGCUGACCUCAAACGGCAGCGGGCCGCCUCCAAGCUACAGCGGCAGGUUCCAGGGGAGGACGUGCCGGCCGGCGGGGGCAGCUCUGGCCCUGCACACUCCAGCUCCAUCUACUUCACCAGCUCUAGUGGGGACCCCCCUCUCGUCAGGUUCACCGCCCCAGUGGAGGACGCACCCGAACCCAAGUCCCGGAGGUGCUGCCAGGUGAUGUGAGGGUGUCCCCAGGGUGGGGGAAGUUAUGACAGGUUGAGAUCAGUCCAUGUCCCCUCCCUCAGCAACGAGUUCCCACUCACUGAUCCACAACCCCACACCUAAGAUCCCCUCUUCACCCAGACAGGAACUGAACCCGCAUCAGCGGCUAGUGUCCAGUUGCCCAGCUGAGCCCAAGUAAUUAUAUUAAAGAGCAGUCAAUGUCUGAGGGCGGAGGGGACCCUCUGGGUCUUCUGUAAUCCUGGCGGAGCCCAGGAUAGGGCAGUCUCCAAUCGCUGCUGGUACCUGCGGCCUCUGUUGUAACACUGUGGCUGUGAAACAGGCCUUUCAAGCCCCAGGCCUCCCCCCACCCCCCACCCCCCCAGCUACUGAUGCUCUCCGUCCCCCUCCUCCUACCACUGCUUGGGGUAUGUCCUGUUCGAGCCCAGUACAGAUGCUUUCUCAGACACACACUGAGGGAGGUGUCUCUCUCCUCAGUUCUCUCAUCCACCUCUCCUGUCGUGACUGGUGAUUCCUCAGUCCUUGAUGCUACAGGUGGGGGGAGGUGGUUAGUGACACAGGGAUCUCUCAUACAUGGAAACUCGCCGUUAUCAGGCCAUAACGCACAGGAGCAGAAUGAGGCCAUUCUAUCAUGCUUGAUUUAUUAUCCCUCUCAACUCCAUUCUCCUGCCCUCUUCUUGUAACUUUUGACACCCUGACUAAUCAAGAACCUAUUAACCUCUGCUUAAAAAAUGCCCAAUGACUUGCUGCCUGUGGCAAUUAAUUCCACAGAUUCAUUACCCUCUGGCUAAAGAAAUUCUCCCUUAUUUUUGUUCUAAAUCGACACCCCUCUGUGUUCUCUUACCAUAGACUCCCCACAUUUGUUCUAUCUUGGGCUUUCAAUAUUUGAUAGUUACCAAGCCGCAAUGACAGUGGGGUGGGGGCGAAUUCAAAUCCCACCAACCUGUGCGAUCUCCAGGCCUGGCCCUCAGCUAGAGUACCACCAUUGGUCGCUCCAGGCCCUGCUCCGGCUUCGGCAGGGGUUUCCGUAUGGAGCAGUGUCAGGUACAGAUCGUCCCCAGAUUUUAGGCUGUUUGGGAUCAGCACAUCACUGAUCUUUUGGAAUUGGCCCAUAACUUGCCUCGGGCAAUUGGGGAUGGGUCCGGGUCAUUGUACUGUAAAUGAGUAUGGUGUCCAGCCCCUGUUAGGGGUUUAUCAGCUGCAAACUGAUUGUCCUCUGUCAUCGAGGAGAGAGCAUCAGGCUGCAGGCAGAGCUGAUGUGAAGCACAAAGCAGAAUCCGUGCAAAUCAAUUGUUGGUGGCCAGCAUCGACUCAAUGGGCUGAAGGGUCUGUUUCAGCACCACAUCUCUGUGUCAGAGAUACCGAGUGAUUCCAGUGCUUUUCAACCUCAGAGUGACCUUCUGCACAAACUGCUGCGUAACCUCAAGCAGAGUAGUGACAGUACAAUCCUUGUAUCGGAGCAGUCUCUGCUUGGGGUAACUCUCUUCGCCGUGGUCAGUCAGUCCUGGAGGGGCGGUAUGAGGAACAGGUUGGACAAAUCAGAAUGCCCGAUCUUCCCACCCUGCCACAGAUGCACUGUUUGAUAGCAGAUUGUAUAAAAUGUAAAUAUACAGUUUAUUAAAAUUUAAAAUAACAAAUUAUGAAUAAAAUAGAGA